AUGAAUAAAUUGUUAAUAAACAGGGUUCCAAUAUUUUUGCUAAGAAGGGCCAUGUGUGCACCCGCCUCUGGGUCAAAUCCAACAUCUGAAAACCGCUCCAUGUCUCGUAGGUUUAGACCAACAGAAUUCCAAAAAACAAUCCUUGUUUGGACAAAAAAAUAUAAGAGCAAAAAUGAGAUUCCGACAUUCGUAUCAGCUGAAGUUAUUGACAGAUCACGUAGUGAAGCCAGAAUUAAGAUAGCCAAUGUAUUAAUGCUCCUUACUGCUCUAGCUAGUUUAGGUGCUAUUUUUGCUGGAAAAUCAGCUGCUAAAAGAGGAGAAUCUGUCCAUCAAAUGAAUUUAGAUUGGCACAAAAAGUAUGAAGAAGAGCAUCCUCGAAAAGAAUCAAAUGUUACAUCUUCAAACUAA